AGCAAUAAUCGAUUAAAGGCGAAAUGAUAUCGAUGUAUCGAUAGGUCCAUUACUCAUCGCGGAAAACGUGAACGAAAAGCAACUUGCCGCCUGUCUGCUAGGAAAUUCAUUUUUUUAAACUGUUUUACGUGGAAACGGCCAGCCCCAUCACACAAAUAUGCAACCGCAAAUCGUGCUCCUGAAGGAAGGCACCGACACGUCGCAGGGCAAGCCGCAACUGGUGUCCAACAUCAAUGCCUGCCAGUCGAUCGUCGACGCAGUGCGCACCACCCUGGGACCCCGCGGCAUGGACAAGCUGAUUGUGGAUGCCCACGGCAAGGCGACGAUCUCCAACGAUGGGGCCACCAUCAUGAAGCUGCUGGAGAUCAUUCACCCGGCGGCCAAGACUCUGGUGGACAUUGCCAAGUCACAAGACGCCGAGGUGGGCGAUGGCACCACAUCCGUGGUUCUGCUGGCCGGCGAGUUCCUCAAGCAGGUGAAACCCUUCGUGGAGGAGGGCGUCCAUCCGCGCAUUAUCAUCAAGGCCAUCCGCAAGUCGCUGCAGCUCUGCAUGGACAAGAUCAACGAAAUGGCCGUCCAGAUUGUCGAACAGUCCAAGGAGGACCAGCGCGCUCUGCUCGAGAAGUGCGCGGCCACGGCCAUGUCCUCCAAGCUGAUCCAUCAACAGAAGGACUUCUUCUCCCGCAUCGUGGUAGAGGCCGUGCUCUCGCUGGAUGAGCUGCUGCCCUUGAACAUGAUUGGCAUCAAGAAGGUGACCGGCGGUUCGCUGGAGGAGUCGCAGCUGGUGUCGGGCGUGGCCUUCAAGAAGACCUUCUCGUACGCCGGCUUCGAAAUGGCACCCAAAUCCUACGACAAGUGCAAGAUUGCCCUGCUCAACAUCGAGCUGGAGCUGAAGGCCGAGCGUGACAAUGCCGAAAUCCGCGUGGACAAUGUCAAGGAGUACCAGAAGGUGGUGGACGCCGAGUGGCAGAUCCUCUACAAUAAGCUGGCCAAGAUCCACGAGUCUGGCGCCAAUGUGGUGCUCUCCAAGCUGCCCAUCGGCGAUGUGGCCACACAGUAUUUCGCCGACCGCGACAUUUUCUGCGCCGGCCGCGUUCCUGAGGAGGAUCUCAAGCGCACCAUGAAGGCCUGUGGUGGAGCCGUCAUGACGACGGCCAACGACAUCAAGCCCAGCGUUCUGGGCCUGUGCGAGCACUUCGAGGAGCGCCAGGUGGGCGGCGAACGUUUCAAUCUCUUCCAAGGCUGUCCCAAUGCCAAGACGAGCACUCUGAUCCUGCGUGGAGGUGCCGAGCAGUUCCUGGAGGAGACCGAGCGCUCACUCCAUGACGCCAUCAUGAUCGUGCGCCGCACCAUCAAGCACGACUCCGUGGUGGCUGGAGGCGGUGCCAUCGAGAUGGAGCUGUCCAAGCUGCUGCGUGACUACUCCCGCACCAUUGCCGGCAAGGAGCAGCUGCUGAUCGCCGCCAUUGCCAAGGGCCUGGAGAUCAUUCCGCGCCAGCUGUGCGAUAAUGCCGGCUUCGAUGCCACCAACAUUCUCAACAAGUUGCGCCAGAAACACGCCCAGGGAGGCCAGUGGUUCGGCGUCGACAUCACCAAGGAGGACAUCUCGGACAACUACGAGCAGUGCGUGUGGGAGCCGUCGAUCAUCAAAAUCAACGCGCUCACGGCGGCCGCCGAGGCAGCCUGCAUGAUCCUUUCCGUGGACGAGACAAUAAAGAGCCCAAAGGCCGGCGAAGCCCCGAUGGCGGGGGGCGGUAUGGGCAUGGGUCGCGGCAUGGGCAGGCCCAUGUAAAUAGAAUCAUUCAAAAUCCAGUGAACUCUACACCCCCUAAUCAUCAACACUCACUUGCAUUUUUCUCUUAAUUUAACACGUACACGUAUUACUCGGUCAUACCUACGCAUUUUGCACGCUUCAAAGCUAGAACAACAAUAAUCCACUGACCUUUCUGUAUAUGUUUAAUAAUAAAAACAAAAUUGAAAACAUA